UCUCCAGGCGAUCUUGUCACCUGUGUCACAUGUAGCACCCUGAGACCUGUAGGAUGCUUUCACCUGUGCCAUCCCUGGAAUCGUGUGCUCUCUGGUGUCCUCAACACCUCAGGGGUACCCCAGAACGGGGGGCAGGGCUGAAGGGGAGGGACAGGGUUUGAAGGGGAAUGGAAGUGCUGGGGAGGGGGUGGGGUACAUUGCUUCACUAGUGCCUCCCAGUUAUAAUCAGUAGUAGGGGUCAGUGGGAGGACUAGGGUGACUCCGAGUGACCCCGGUACUGGCUGAUGCACUCACGACUGCCCCCAGUGCCCCCCAGCAGACCCAGACUGCCUCCAUUGCCCCCCAGUGCACCCAAAGCUCCUCCCAGUGCCCCGCAUUGCACCCAAGCUGCCUUUCAGUGACCCCAAAGCGCCUCCUAUUGAGCCCCAGUGCACUCAGAGCACCUCCCAGUGUACCCAGCGCUUCUCCGCAUACCCACGGAGCCUUCCAGUACCUGACAGCGCCCUCCAGUGUCCCAAAUGCUUCCCAGUAUCUCCCAGUGCUCCAGCAUACCUUCCAGCAUUCACCACUUGGAACAGGCAUCACCCCACGGCGCUGAGCAGCGGCGAGACCAAGUGCGUGAGGUCUCGGUCGCCGACCCCUCCCGCUGCCGGCGACCUCCCCUCAGGCCCCCCAAGAUGGCGUAAUAUCGCGGGAGAGGGGCGGGGCCGAGCUAUUUCGCACCCCCAUCGGCCUCAACCAAUCCGCUUGCUGGCCGAACAAUUUCCCUUCCCGCCUAAACAUACUCCACCAAUGAGAGGCGUUGAGGGCGGAACUGCCCCUCGGGGAGCGCGGCCAUGUCCCCUCCCCUCGGGGGCGGUGCUUCCCCGCAAAGCCGCAGUCCCCGCGCGGGGCCCCAGCUCGGCGCCGCGCAGGCGCCACGCGCAGGCGCACUGGCGCCGAGCCCCCCCCGAGUCACCUUGGGGCGCCGCCGGUGCCGGACCCUGUGCCCCCCCCCCUCCCCGUGCCCCCGGUACCAGGGCCCGGCCGUGAUGGCGGCACUGCCGGCGGCCCAGAGGCCCAAGACCUCCCCGAAAUCCGUGAAGUUUCUCUUCGGCGGCCUGGCAGGGAUGGGGGCUACAGUCUUUGUGCAGCCCCUGGACCUGGUGAAGAACCGGAUGCAGCUGAGUGGGGCUGGGGCCAAGGGCCGUGAGUACCGGACGUCCCUGCAUGCCCUGGGGUCCAUCCUACGCCACGAGGGACUGAGUGGCAUCUACACGGGGCUAUCAGCAGGGCUUCUACGCCAGGCCACCUACACCACCACCCGCCUGGGCAUCUACAGCGUCCUCCUUGAGCGUUUUGGGGGGGCUGAUGGAACUCCCCCUCCUUUCCUGGCCAAGGCAGCCAUGGGCAUGACAGCAGGGGCUGCUGGGGCCUUCGUGGGGACUCCGGCUGAGGUGGCCCUCAUCCGCAUGACAGCUGAUGGCAGGCUGCCCCCUGGCGAGCGCCGCGGGUAUCGCAAUGUGUUCGACGCCCUCGUGAGGAUGGCGAAGGAGGAGGGAGUACUGACGCUGUGGAGGGGCUGUAUCCCCACCAUGGCCCGUGCCGUGGUGGUCAACGCUGCCCAGCUCGCCUCAUACUCGCAAUCCAAACAAUUCUUGCUCGACUCCGGGCAUUUCCGUGACGACAUCCUGUGCCACUUCUGCGCCAGCAUGAUCAGCGGGCUGGUGACCACAGCUGCCUCCAUGCCCGUCGACAUUGUCAAGACCCGCAUCCAGAACAUGCGGACAAUAGAUGGAAAACCCGAGUACCGCAAUGGGCUGGAUGUACUGCUGAAGGUGGUGCGGUAUGAGGGCUUCUUCAGCCUCUGGAAGGGCUUCACCCCCUACUAUGCCCGCUUGGGCCCCCACACUGUGCUCACCUUCAUCUUUCUCGAGCAGAUGAACAAGUGGUACCAGCGGCUCUUUCUCAGUGCCUGACAUCCCCCAGGGGGGGGUUGGGGGAAUCUGACCCCAUCCUGUCAGCUCUGUAGAGGCACUUGACCCCCCAUGAAGACACUCUGGGGGGUCUGACAUCUCCUUCAUGUGCCGUGGGGGUACCUGACCCCCCUCAUACCACCAGGGGCUGGGGGGAAGUGGCUCUAUAGGAGUGCCUGACCACCCCCAUUAAGGCUGAAAGCAGUCCUGGGGCCCUAUGGAGGGGUCUUGGGCCCUAUAGGGGUGCUGGAUCCCUCCCAUGGGGUCAACAGGGGAUGCCUUGUCCCUAUGGGGCAGCCCUAUAGAGUAUAGGGUGCCCUCCCCCUGUGCCCCCUUCCCGCCCCUCUGGGGGUUUUGUUACCAGCCAGUAUAAAGGUCACAGUGUGGGGCAGGAGCCCCCCAAAAUUCCCCCUCCUCCUUUCCCCUAGCACCCUCCACCCUAUGCUUUGUUAUUGAAUUAUGGAUGGUGAUCAUGUAAUUAAAGCAAGACCUACAGAUA